AUGGCUUCUCCGGAAAUUCUGUUCGUUGCAGCAUUUCUUCUACUCUUGUCAUUUUGGGUCGACCUUUGCCAUCAGCCAAGUGAUGAUGAUGAAGACGAUGAAAUAUGUAGUUCACAAGAAGCACUUCUGGAGAAGAUCAAUAUAACUUCUUCGAAUGCUAAUGGUUGGCAAAGGUGUUGCUCCUUUAAGUUUCAUAGGAUAGGAUGUCGGCAAAAAAUUGUGAUUCUGGUCACUGUUUUAGUUUUUGCAAUAAUGAUAGCAUCUUUCGUGCUGAUAUUGAUCGGGAUGGGAAAGGGGCCUAUCAGUUCUGCAAUCGUUGCUCAGGUAUAUGUGGAUGUCAUUUCCGUAAUUGCUUUAUUGCUCGGAGGAGCCUUGGCAUGUUAUGGAAUUAUAUUGUUCUCAAAAAUGAGCAAAGUGAGAGCUGAUCGAGCUUCCUGGGAAAGGUGGAAGGUUGCUAGUUUGGCGAUUGUCUGUCUCGUAAGCUUCACAUCAAGCGCUUCUAUUGCUAUCGGCACAAAUAUACCUCUGUUUUAUAGCUGGCAUGGAAAACAGCUUGAUGGCUUCUACACUGCCCUUUUGCUGGUUUUGUAUUAUUUCAUAGGUUCAUCAGUGCCCUCAGCCUUUAUUCUGCUUGUGAUGAGAGAAUUACCAAAUUGA